CAAUUCGUGAAGAGCCGCUCAGUUUAGUAACAGAACGCAGCGUGAGUUCGUCGCUGGCAUUUUCCUAAUUCCGGGCACCUCAUCAUCCACUUGUCCAGUUACAAAACUCCACCGACAUGUCAGCGAUUCGUGUUUUGCUCCUGAUGACAGGAGUGUUAGUGUUGCAGUCCCAGGGCACAAGUGCAUUGAGAAUUUUGGGGGUCUUUCCCCUCCCCGGGAAGAGUCACUUCAUUCUCGGUGAGAACCUCAUGAAGGAGCUGGCGAGGCGAGGUCACAGUGUUGACAUGGUGUCCCAUUUUCCCACGAAGAAACCGAUAUCAAAUUACCGGGACAUCAGUCUCCUGGGGUCUUUACCUGUUGCUGUCAAUAAUAUCUCCUUCCAGGAGACGAGGAAUUUCAACGGCUUAUCCAUGGCCUUCUUCGUCAGACAUACGGGGACACAAGUGUGCGAAUUACUCGGCAGUACCUACUUCCAAGACCUGAUGAAAACGCCCAAGGGAACUUACGAUGUUAUCAUUGUUGAAUCAUUCACGGCACAAUGUUUCCUAGCCCUCGGCAGACACCUGGACGCCCCCGUUGUCGGUCUCGUAGCCUCGAAAUUACAUGACUGGUUAUUCGACCCUUUUGCAAAUCCCCUGAACCCGUCAUACAUGCCAAGUCUCUUCUCCAGCUUCACUCAACGCAUGAACUUCUGGGAAAGACUGACAAAUACGUUGAUCACGAACGUGAUCGGCCUUCAAAUCAAUUACUACUUGCGAGAACAAGUUGAACAAGUGGAGAAGUACUUCAACAGGAGAAUCUCAUCGCUCAACGAGUUGUAUGAUGAUGUAUCACUGCUGCUCGUGAACGAGCACUUCAGUAUUAAUGAAAUUAAACCGGCGACACCUGAUGUCAUCGAUGUAGGGGGCCUCCAUGUCCAUGACAGUGAUCAGCGUCUCACACCGGAAUUACAAAAAUGGUUGGAUGACAGCCAGAACGGUUGCGUGUAUUUCACAUUCGGUUCAAUGAUUAAAAUUGAAUCACUUCCCCUGGACAAAUUGAAAAUUCUAUACGAAACGUUCGAGAGAAUCGCACCGGUGCGAGUUCUCAUGAAAAUUGCCAACGCCACGAAUCUCCCCAAAGGUUUGCCCAAGAAUGUUAUGACAUCUCCGUGGAUGCCGCAAGUGGCCGUUUUGAAACAUAAAAACGUGCGAGCUUUCAUAACCCAUGGAGGCCUCCUGGGAACUCAGGAAGCCCUAGCUCACAAGGUCCCGAUGAUUGGAAUUCCCCUUUUUGGUGAUCAACAUACCAACAUUAACAGCUACGCGAAUAGAAAAAUCGCUAUUGCCCUCAGUGUUGACACACUCUCUGUGGAGUCCCUUACGGGGGCAAUUAAUGCUAUUCUGAAGGAUCCCAUAUACAGCAAAAAUAUCGCUCACGUGUCUGAGCUCUUCUUGGCCCGUCCAAUGACUGCUCUGGACACAGCUGUCUACUGGGUCGAGUUCACAGCGAGACACGGAACAGUCCUGAAAUCACCAGCAACUAAAUUAUCAUGGUGGCAAUUCCACUUGCUAGAUGUGUACGGUUUUAUCCUAACGUGUCUGCUGGUGCUCCUGUACAUAGUAAAAAAAUUGGCAACAAUUAUGUGGAGAUUAUGCUGCAACAGAAAUAAUGCAAAACCAAUCUCUAAAGCCAAGAAGAAUAGAUAAAACAUUUACAGUAGUCAAAUUCAUCCACAGCCUAUGAAGAGGUGCUUUAUUAGUAAUAUUGGAAUGUAUAUGAUUUUUUAUGUGUCUGAAAAUAAAUAUUGUUAAUAAAAAAAGGUUGAACGAGA